AUGGCCUCCCAAACUAUAACCGAGCCCACCGCUAUCUCAAUCACGCAGUCGUCUAUCCGCAACGCCAUGAGCUUUUCCAACCUGCUCACCGAGCCCAAGCUGGCUCACGAUGCCGCUAUCGAAGCCAGCACCAGCACCAAAGCACCUAUUCUGGAGCGGAAAUCCACACCGAAGCGCCACGCUUCAUCUUUCAAGAACGAACCCGCCAGCCCUGCUGAUACAAUCAUGUCCGAACUGACCGAAGUCAGUGCCGGCGAAGCUGCCGGAGAAGCCACUGGAACUGCCAUCGACGGCGAUGAUUUGAUCGAGCGCGAAUUCACCUGCAUGAACGACGAGUACACCAAGUGCCGCACCGGUCAGUACACUAAGACCCUCUCUCGCAAGGUGAUCUCAGACCACUUCGGUCGCAACAAGGCCUGUACCCGCGACCUUACAGAAUGGCCCGUCAUGUGCAGGAAACACUACCAACGCGCAACCUACAACAAAGAGCUCUGGCAGGUCCGCAAGGUCAAGCUCAUUCUACGCCAAUUUGACGUCAUCGAGAAUGAGUUUCCCGGCACUACCUACGACAUCACCUUGAAGAAGUCAGAAGAGGAUCGGCUCAACGAGUUCUCCCGCAAGAUCGCUGGUGGUAUGAGCGCGGAGGCGGCUGCGACAGCUGUAGCACCCGUGGCUGGCAAAGCUUUUGAAGCCCCCAUCGAUGUGCUCCGGGAGCUCGAUCAGUACAUUGGCAAGGGCAAGACUUUGCAGACGGCGAAGGAUGCCAUGGACGUGGUUCUUCAGAUGCUCCAGGAAAAGGAAACCGAUCAGGUGCCGUCGAUUGAGUUUCUUCCACAACUUCCCGGCAAGACACCAACGCCCAAGAAGUCUCCCGCCAAGACUCGUGCUGCCAAGUCGCCCUCAGAGUCGCCCUCCAAAGGCAGCCCACGCACCUCAGCUCGUGGCGCCAUCAAGAAGACCAACCAGAAGGCCUAG